AUGGCCGGUCGAGAUAGCCAUGUUGAAGAAAACGACGUUGCCAUGGAGAAGCAGUCUCAGGCCCCUGUCAAGCAGUUCAUGGCAACAUGGAAGAAGGUGAUUAUCACUGGGGUUACCUUGGCUAGCAUCAUCGGACUGUCUGUUGGUUUUGGCGUCGGUUUGACGAGACCUAGGGGCGGCAGUGAUGAUGAGAGCAGCACCAGCAACAAGACGGGUAUCGAGUUGCGCAAUGUGUCUGGCCGCUCUUUGAAAUGGGCACCUAAGGUUGGCGAGACUUGGCAAAUCGUCCUACAAAACACCAUUCGCAGCGAUAUCGAUUUCACCCCUGAUGUUUCCAUCUGGGACUUUGACGUCUUUGACAACGACAAGGAGACCAUUGACAAACUGCACGACCGUGGCAAAAAGGUCGUUUGCUAUUUCAGCGCCGGUACAUGGGAAAGGGGCCGUACGGACGCUGACCAGUUCCCUGAGGAGGAUCUCGGUGGCACUUUGCCGGAAUGGACAGACGAGCGCUGGGCCCGCAUCAGCAGCUCCAAGGUCCGUAAUAUCAUGAAAAGUCGCAUCGCGCUGGCAGCCCGCAAGGGCUGCGAUGCUAUUGAUCCCGACAACGUCGACGGCUUUCAAAACGAUGAAAACAACUUGGGCCUCACGCCCCAGGACUCGAUUGACUACUUGGGCUUUCUCCACGACGAGGCCAGCAAGUACAACAUGGCUCUGGGACUCAAGAACGCAGCCGACAUUAUUGAUGAUGUGAUGCAUCUGGUCGACUUCUCCGUCAAUGAGCAGUGUGCUGCCGACCAAGAGAACCCUGAGUGCGAAUCUUUUCACAAGUUUAUCGAAGCGGGCAAACCUGUGUUUCACAUCGAGUACCCUCCUGAAGAUGAUGCUCAGACGUAUCCCGAUGACCUCCGUGAGGAAAUCUGCGCUCGCAAAGGUUCUGGUAAGGGCUCAGACGAGUUCAGCACCGUCUUUAAGAGAAUGAACCUCGAUGGAUGGGUGCAGUUUUGUAAUGGCGAUAUAUACGAGACUGCGCUGGUCCCUUAA